CCCUGUUAUGGAGUUUAAUAAAGUGCUUAAAAUCUCGGAUGGCUCUAAAAUAAGAAAACCAGCUCCAAGGACAACGGAAAGAAAUGAGAUCGCUGAAGCCAUCAAUAGUUGCGCUGUAACACUUUUCCGAAGGUUCGUGUUUCGUUCGUAG